AUGGAAGAAGAAGACGACGAUUUCUACGAUCCGACAGACGUGGUUCCGCCCACUCAAGCGCAAAAUAAUACGCAAAACCCUCCGUCCAAUGGUCACGAAACGGGCGAUGCGGAGGAAGAAGAGAUAGAAGUGGAAGAUGACGAGGAUGAAUUCAAUAUCAUUACAGAAGCACCACCAGAUGCGCCGCCACCAGAGAUACCACAUCCUCGCCAUGCAAACCUUCGGAACGAUUCUCAGCGACCUUCUUCGAUAGACGCGUCCGUGUCAAAAUCCGUCACGCCAUCAGCAACCCCGAAGGUAGAGUCCGCAACCCCAGUGCUCGUCGCUGCCAGACCAGCCGUGCCACAAAAACCGGGCUCAGCAUACCCACCCGUCCACGCGUCGAACAUCGAUGUCAAUGUGAACCCAGUACACCCAGUGACAGGAAAGCCGAUCCUCUUGACAGACAUGGACAACGAUUUCCCUGCCGAUGAUAAACCAUGGCGGCGACCAGGAUCCGACAUUUCGGAUUACUUUAAUUACGGAUUCGACGAGUUUACGUGGGCCAGCUAUGUUUUGAAGCAACAAGAGCUACGACGGGAAGUGGGAGACCAGAGGAAACAGCUGGAUGACAUGCAGAACUUCAUGAGCAUGGGAAUGCCGCCAAUGCCUGGUGCUCCCCCACCGGGACCUGGAGCUGGCGGCGCACCACCGGGAAUGCCGCCAAUGCCUGGCAUGCCGGAGAUGUCUCCCGAUAUUAUGCAGGGCAUGUUGACGGGCAUGAUGUCUCAGGGUCUGGAUCCGUCAUCGAUGGACCCCAUGUCCUUCAUGCAACAUGCGCAGGCAAUGAUGGGCCCACAAUCCGGGGCCGCUGGUCAGCCUCAAGCUCAGGGAUUUGGGGGACAAGGUGGUCACCAGAUGGGAUAUGGAGGAUAUGACCAACGGGGCGGAUUCGGAGGUCGCGGACGGGGACGAAGAUGGUAG